GGGCCCAAAGGCCCAAAGUUCACGCGAGUUAUUAAAUUUACACCUCCUCUGUACAAACAACGCUACCAGUUCGUCAAAGAUUUAGUGGAGAAAUACAAACCUAAGAAGGUGGCAGAUUUAGGAUGUGCUGACUGCAGGCUUCUCUGGAUGCUGAAAUUCUGCAGUUGCAUUGAAGUGUUAGCUGGGCUAGAUAUCUCUGCAAGUGUAAUGGAAGAGAAAAUGCAUACGUUGUCGCCUCUUCCUUUUGAUUAUUUGCAACCAUCUGAAAGAUCCCUAACUGUUACCUUGCAUCAUGGUUCAGUGGCCCAUAAAGAUCCUUGCAUGCUUGGUUUUGACUUGGUGACAUGUAUUGAACUAAUAGAACACCUGGAAGAAUCAGAGCUGAAGAAAUUUCCUGAAGUGGUGUUUGGUUUCAUGGCUCCAAGCAUGGUUGUGAUCAGUACUCCAAAUUCUGAAUUUAACCCUUUGCUUCCAGGAGUGGUGUUACAUAGGCAUCCAGAUCACAAAUUUGAGUGGAACCAAGCGCAAUUUCAAAGCUGGGCUCUGGAGGCUGCUAGAUGCUAUGAUUACUCCGUGGAAUUUACUGGUGUAGGGCACCCACCAAAAGGAAUGGAGAAUGUUGGGUUUUGUACCCAAAUAGGUGUGUUUGUUAGAAAAUAUCCUCAAACUGGUGGAUCUGUUCAGUAUGAGAAACCCACUGAAGCAGUUUACAAAACAGUCUUCAAAGCAGUGUAUCCAAGUCUGAAAGAUGAGAAGUACUUGCAGAAUGCAGUUGUCAGUGAAGUUAUUUUCACAGCCCAAAACAUUAAGCACCAUUUAAUGUCAAAACAUGAGGAGUACGAUGAUGAUCCCGAAAGAAAAUCUGAAUUCCAGCCUUCAGUCAACUCUUUUUCAGACUAUCUUGGAAAACUGGUUGUUGAUAAAACCAUGGAACCAUUUGUCAAUGGAAAUGAGAAUGAAAUUUAUAGAUGCCUUCUUCAAGAUGAGCACAUCCUCAGCCUUGAUGAAAACCAAAUGUUGUUCCAGAUGAACAGUAAUAUGAAAGUGGUAUUGUUGACUGUUCUGGUUUUUAAAGAAAAAAAAAAUUAAGAAGUGCUAUACUUGUGAAUGCUAAUCUGGCCCUGAUGUACCUGAAAAUUUUCUGUGUUUUCAUGUGCAGCUGUUAUGCAAAACUGUAAAAUCCAAACAGAGUAAAUGAAAAAAAAUUCAAGAACAAUCCAUACCCCAGUAAUGGUUUUGCCUUGGUAUAUUAAUUGUGUGUAUGCAGCAGCGGUAUAUAAGUGGGGCUUGUUUUCAGUCACAAGAUGUUUUCCUUCUAGAUUAGAAAAAGAUCUUGUAUCUAAAUGACGCAUUUUCCUUGUAACAUACAUGUUGCUAAAACAGUGUGAAAACACAGUAGUAGAAAAAGCAAAACAUUUAAAAAAAGAAAUCAUUAACUGGAAAAUUUGUUUGCUGAUAAGACUUGUCAUUUAUUCUAUAAGGAAUCUGUUGACUCAUGAAACAAAGAGAAAAAACAACAACCACAAAAGAAAUUCUAGGAUAUUCUGGUGAAGUUUUGGAAAAAAUUGUCUUCCUUCUUGACUGAAGUUAGUUAUAUAUGGUACAGUUAAUUCUCUUAAUCCUUACUCUUCAAAUAAUUGGUUACUAAACUGAUCUGAGUGCCAAAUAGUUUGUGCUAUAAUUAGCUGCAAUUUUCACCAAUCUAGAUUUUUUUCUUAAUUUAGGAACAGAUACUCAGUGCAGUACCAGAAAGCUUGGUUAUUUUGGAUGCAUAACUGAGAAGAGAAAUACAUACCACAGUUAGUUCUUUUAAAAAAUAAGAAGGAAAUUUAUAAAGUUAUAGAAACCGUAUGAAAAGUUUUUAGUAGGUCAUUAUACUCAACUGAGGAGGAUUAAUUUUGUCAUUUGCAGGGUGGGCAGGGACUACACCCAGUGCCCUCACUUUCCCCGAAUACUGCUAGUUUUGGAGUUUGCUUAAUAAAUUAACCUCCUAGUAUGCCUGUCACACAAAGGAAAAAUCAGUUUUAAUGUAAGACUGACACACUACUUUUCCUCUCCAGGAGGCAGAUAAAUAACUGUACUAGUAACAGUGCCAUUAAAUACUUUGUGGUCUGGAGAGGGAGUUUAAUAACCUGCAGGGGUAAAGUCUGAAAAGAGUAGAGAAACUGAAAUGGACACAAACUUCCAUUUAAGUUUGUAAUUUUUUGCAUUUUAAAAAAAGACAUAAUUGUUUAGGAACAGUUUCCAAGCUGAAGACAUGAGUUUAUUGAAUGUCUGAGAGAUUUGCAUUUAAAUACAGUAAAAAAAACCCCAUAACCCACCCACACAUCCUGAACAGUUUACUAUAUAGAAGUCUCCAGUAUUCGUAUAACACAGUUUA